GCGUUGUCAAAGCACACAAAGAUAGGCCACCAAGGCAAAUUCACAGCUUCCAUCCUUUUUGUGCCCCAUUACUGUAACUGCCACAAGGAAAUGGAUUUUCAAGGAGGAGAGUGGACAUGGGAUAUUCUUCCUGUGUUUGCAGGCAUGAAUGGGACAGCCGUUGAAAAUUUUGUCUGUGUCAUUUUUAAUGUUUCCUUCAUGAACUGCACUUGGCAUGUGGGCAGGACUGCUUCAGGAGAUACCCAGUAUUUCCUGUACUGGAAGAACUCAAGGAAAGAAGAUUUCACAGAAUGCCAGAAUUACAUCAGAGAUAAUUAUGGAAGACACACAGGAUGUAGAUUCCAAAAUGUGACAAUAGAAAAUAAAAAAGCUCAUUUCCUGGUAAAUGGGUCUAGAAAUGGACAAAACAUUCAGCCAUAUGAGGAGAAGAUUAGUCUGUACAAAAUUGAAAAACUCACCCCUCCAUUAAAUGUCACUGUGAACUGUACAGAAGCUUCUCAUCAUUGUGAAAUUCGGUGGCAACCACCUCGCACAAGUCAUGUGAAAAACCCUAGUUGUUUCAAAUAUGAAGUUGUCAUAGAAAACAAGGGAAGAAACAUCACAGGAAACUUCUACAAAUUUGAAAGCUUCAGCACAAAAAAGAAGUUCAGCGUCAAAAUCAGAGCAAUUGACAAUGGUUGUUUAGUGAGCCAAAGCUGGGGAGAGUGGAGUACACCUGUAGAGUUUGGAAAAGAACAACUUACAUCUACUUCAUCAUAUACGCUAUUCCUGAUACCAGUGCUGGCAGCAGCUCUCAUGCUUUUUCUCUUCGCAGGAAGCAUUUAUUUGAAAAGAACAUCUGCUACAGUACCACAGCCAAAAGACCCAUUCCGUGAGCUCUCUCCAGUGGAUUUCCAGACAGAAUAUAAGAAUCAACUAAUAAAGCAUGAAACUGAAGAAAUAACUGUUAUUGAAUCAUAGAAUCAUUUAGGUUGGAAAAGACCUUCAAGAUCAUCAAGUCCAACCAUCAUCCAUGCCGACUAAACCAUGUUAUGGAGUACCCCGUCUACGUGCUUUUUGAAUACCUCCAGGGAUGGUGACUCAACCACUUCCCUGGGCAGCCUAUUCCAAUGUGUGACAACCAUCUCAGUAAAGAAAUUUUUCCUAGUAUCCAACCUAAAUCUCCCUUGCCGCCACUUGAGGCCAUUUCCUCUCGUCCUAUCACCAGCCACCCAACAUAAGAGACCAGCAUCCACCUCACUACAACCCCCCCUCAGGUAGUUGUAGGGAGC